AUGCCAACCAAGCGCAUGCGUGGAACCAAGUUUUUGGAGGGCAUGGAGCAAGAGAUUAUGUUUACAGUUCCGAAUAGGGGUAGCCACAGUAACAGAGUAAGUCCACCUUACGAGACUGCUGCACAAAUCAUUCCUAACUCAUUCAUUUCAGGAUCAGACGCGACUAUAGACGAACCCGCUAGAAGGGCAUACCGAUACUGGCUGCGAGUAAAACGCUUCCAGCAUAGUCAGGCCGUAAAUCGAGCCGAGGUUCUCGAAAGCCCCCAGAAUGUUGUCGAUAUGCAGUCAUUAGACGUGUUGAAGUUAGAUGAUGGCAUGGACAUAGACAUGGGUGAUGGGUUCCAUCUCCUAGAAGAUCAAGGGCGAGAUCUUCCCGAAGCUAUCAACCUUUCUGGUCCGCAUCGACAACAGAAACUACAUAUAGUUGAGCAACUGCUCGCCGGAAUCGCGGCUUCAAAGGAGCAAAUCGCUUCGCUACGACAGCGCUCGCACUUCUGA